CUACCUGCACCUUGGAGCCUUUGAACAAUCAUUCGUGCUUCUGCUUCUCCAUUGCCACAGUGUUUUCCGCCGUCUCUGCGGCUGAAGCCAUCUCAUGGCAGUCUCUGUCGCCGUUCCCAAAGGUUUAGUCCUAGGUUUUUGCUCACUCGAUAGGCGUAUUUCCUUCAGCCAAUCCGUCGUCGCUUUCGCUGCUUCUCACGAUGAAUCGAAGCAUUCAGAAAUAGAUGUGGAGAGGGAAAAUGGUGAAGAAUCAUCAAAUGAAGAAUGGAAACAAGCUUCAGAAGCUGUCAGAGAACAAGCCUUGAAGAUGCAAAGCGUGUCCCUAGAAGCUUAUGAGAUUUAUUCCAAGAAAGCGUUGGUUACUCUGAAAGAAACCUCGGAGCAGCUUAAGAUUCAAGCAGAGAUGGCCAAACAUGAUUUGAUUGAAAACGUAAAAGAAAUCGGUGGACAAGGAAAAGUUUACCUCUCGACGGCAGCCGAAAAUUCCUCUCCAGAAAUCAAAGAAAUUGUCGAAACAUUCUCUUCCUACUCAGCUGAUGAUUUCAAUGACAUUUCCAAAAUUCUUGACUUUCACGUUGGCAUACCUUACGGUAUCAUUCUUUCAGUUGGGGGAUUUCUUUCUUUCAUGUUGACGGGGAGAAUUUCUGCGAUCAGGUUCGGUGUAAUUCUAGGUGGAGCGCUUUUAGCAUGAGGUCUCAAGUUUAAGA